AUGUACUGCUGGAUGGAUUGUGAGGAAGUAUUAACUGGUGCCAUUGAUGGUUACUCUUCUAUAACUCCUACAGGAAAAGAAAAGCCAUGUCAAAGGGAAUGGGUUAUCCGUAUUCCGGAUCGUUAUGUAUCUAACGGAGCAGUAGCUCGGAAGACAAUGGAGCUCGGAGAAAUGAAUCUUGAAGUGGAACUUGAAGAUGAAGAUCAAGAAUGUAUACAUCAUUGA